AUGGUGGGCAGCGCGGUGAUCGUGGGCGUGGGGCCGGGCCUUGGCGCGGCCCUGGCGCGGCGCUUCUCGAAGGGUGGCUACCCCGUGGCGCUGUGCGCACGGCGGAUGGAGAGCCUGAAGCCGGUCAAGGAGGCGAUUGAGGGGGAGCAGGGCAAGGCCGGCUGCUACGCCGUGGACUCCACAGUGGCAUCUCAGGUUGAAGCCGUGAUUCCCCAAAUCACCAGUGAGCUGGGGCCCCCAGAGGUCUUGUGCUACAAUGUCGGCCCAAGUGUUGGCCAUGUCUGGCCCCCACCCACUGUAGAAGAAACUUCCCUGGAGAAGUUCAGGGCUGGCCUGGAAGCGGGAGCGGUGGGGGCUUUCCUGUGGUCAAAACAGGUGAUACCAUCGAUGAAGGCCAACAAGAAGGGAACCAUUCUCCUCACUGGGGCAACUGCGGCGCUGCGGGGAAGCGCCAACUUCUGCCUCCUGUCCCCAGGGAAGUUCGCCAUGAGGUCCUUGGGCCAGACGAUGGCCCGCGAGCUGCACCCACUGGGCAUCCAUGUGGCACACGUCAUAGUGGACGGGUUCAUUGGGUCGCCGAUCGUUGUUGAAAAGAAUCCCAACAAGCCGCGGGAAGAAUUUUUGGACCCGCAGGCCAUGGCAGAGGAGUACUGGAAGCUGCACAGCCAGCACCCGUCCACCUGGUCCUCAGAGAUCGACCUCAGACCGUUCACAGAGAAGUUUUGA